UUUAAUUGAACCUCUUUACACUCUAUAUUACGGUAAAACAUGGACGAUAGAUUAAAAAGCACGGAGAGCUUUUUGGUAUAGCCCCGAUUGUUUGAGGUCUGUAAUAUAUGAUUACUCAUCAUGAUCACUCCUGCAUUUGACCUGCGCCAGGAUCCAGAUCAUCUGACCAUCUGCAUAAGAGCACCUUACACCAGAACAUCAGAGUUUGACCUGUUCAUCGAUGGGACAGAUUUCAAGUUCUAUGCAAAGCCCUACUUCCUCAGAUUAAGUCUUCCUGGAAGAGUUUUAGAAGAUGGGAGGGAGAAGGCUACAUUUGACAUUGAUAAAGGUGUUUUCACACUUAAGGUCCCGAAGGAAACACCAGGGGAGCACUUCGAAGGGCUUCAAAUGCUCACCAGUCUCCUCGCGCCAAAAGGCUCCCGAUCAGCAAAACCUCUGGUGGAAGAUGUGAGCGGGGAAGGCAGUGAAAUCUCAGGAGAUGGUGAGGAGGAGGAAGAGGAGUUUGACUGGCAGCUCGAACAGGAGGUUUACACAGAUCGAUCUGAAGAGGAGCAGAGAACCCUGCAGAAAUACGGCUUUGGUAAUCAAAGGUCUGGAGUAUUUUCGCGACUGCAGGAAGAACUCAGUGACGUGAUCGACGUCAAAAACCCAGACGGAACAUCGGCAUCCGAGAGGCGUCAGGCUCGGCUGGAGGCAGAGGCAUUGGCUUUCUCUUCUGACCAUUACUUAGCUGAUUUGUUUGAAGAUGAUGAGAUAAAUCGUCUGCUGAAAUUCACACCGUGGUGGUCAAAGCUGAGUCCUUCUACGGAGCAGGAGGAGGAAUCUGAUGUGUCAUUCAGUGAUGAAGAGAAAGAGCAGCUGAGAAAAUUCACAAACCGCUCCUACCUGCUGGACAAGACGUCUCGUUACCAAGCGUGGCUCAGCCUUGUCGACAUCCUGCUGGCAUACUCCUAUGAAGUGCGCUCUACAGAGGGCGAACACAGCGUAGAGUCACCCUGGACUGUCAGGAAACUCAGUGGGACGCUGUGCUGGCUGGAGACCUACAGCUGCUUGCUUGAUGUCCUGGUGUCCUUUGGACGGAGGGUCUUGUGCUACCCACUCUACAGACACUUUGCUUUAGUAACCUCAGCUAUUUCUGACACAGUCAAGAUUUUCCAAUCAGGGAAAGCAUGCAUCCUCAAAUGCCUGCUGGAAAUCCACAAAGUCUUCAGAGAGAAUGACCCGGCCUACAUUCUGAACGAUCUAUACAUCACAGACUACUGCAUCUGGAUCCAGAGGGUCAAGUCCAAGAAGGUGAUGGAACUGGCCACCGUGCUGCAAAACGCCUCGCUUCAGAAGAAAGAUUUGGAGCUGGAGCUUGAUGAACUUGAAAGCGCAGCGAGAAUGGUGGUGGAGGAAGAGCAGCAAGCCUCCAGUGACAGCAGUAGCAGCGCUUCCAGUGACAGCAGCAGCAGUGACUCAUCCAGCGGGAGUGAGGAGUCUGAAACUGAAGGACAAGGCUGCUUUGAAUUCAAGCAGGGAGGAGGAGGAAGAGAGGCAUGUAAAGACAACCCCUCACAGCCCUCCUCUUUCACCUCUCCCAUCCCCCACACAUCCUCAAGUGUGCUCUUCCCAUCGGAAAAUAGGAAAGCGGAUGCCCCUCGCUCAGCCUCACAGGGCUGCCAACAGCUGAUCCAGGAGCUGGAGGAACAGAUGACAGAGGAGCUGAGGAUCUCUGCAGACAGCAGCUCCGAAGCAGAGACGCGGUAUUCACUGAUGAGUGAAGCUGCAGCGGAUGCAGAGGAACCAUCUGGGAGGAGCAGCAGCAGUGGUGGGACUUUGUUAGAGCCAAAUCCUUGCACAAACCCUCUGCUCAUUGUUCAGACACACCAAGAUCGAGACUUCAUUAGUUAGAUACAAAGUGAUAUGGAAUUUUGUACCGUUCUUGUAAAGAACAUUAUUUGUAAUCAAUUCGUCCACAUUUUUAAAUUGUUUUUAUUAUACAAACUUUUGAUUUAAUAGUAAUAAUCUAAAAAUUUAAUUUAGCAUACAUGUCAGACUUUAUUUGCUUAGAUUUAGAGAUGCAACUGUGGCUUAUUUCCGAUCUUCUGUGUUUGUAAAACUUUGUCCUGUUGAUACCAAAUUUAGCUGAUUCCAGUCUUCUAGGUAGAUACGAAGAUUUGUUGAUGAAUUUGGACUCUUCUGGUAAAGGGUUUAAAAAUU